GUUGCAAGUAAUGCUAAAAGUUAAAUUAUUAGGCUAUAGUCGGUACAGGAUUAUAGGAAUGCCAUAAAUGUGACGUAAGUUAUUCUAAUACAAAAAGUUAAGUAUUUUUGGUUGCUUAAUUGGUAAAAUAGUAAUAUUAUUGGUACACUCCCAGAUUUUAGGUAAAUUCCCAACUGUUUUCUCUAAAUCAUAGUAGAUCAUUACGCUAUAAUGUUAAUGCUUUAAAAGUUUAAAACGAUUAGCAAUUUUACGAUCAAAAAAUAAUUUUAUUUUCAGUAUUUCAUUCCAUAACUGUUAUCAGUUGUCACCUAUCACACUUAUUUUAAUCAAUAUAUUUUAUUCUGUUAUUUUAGUAUUUGCAUACAAAUUUCAAAUAUUUGCCAAACAAAAUAGAAGUAGUGAGUAGUUAGCGAGUUAAUUGUUUGUACAUCGGAAGUGUAAUAAAUUAUUAAAUUCUAAAACCUAAAUUGUUAACUAAAAAAUGCUUAUUAUUUUGGAACAUCCUUUUUUAUCAUGGCACAUUAACGGUUAUCAUUACCGCCAAAAAUGUGUCUGAUAACAAUGUUUUGUUUUAACUUAAAACUGUUAACGUUUAAGCAUUAUAAUUUAUAGGUACGUAUUGAGUAUUGUAAUUAUUGUAAGACAAUUUGUUGUGGAGGAGCUUCUUUGGUGUUAAUUCUUUACUUAUGUCUUUCACGUCGGACGGUUAGAAAUAUGAGUACAAAUUGUGACAUAAUGGAUCUUAUGAAGGAUUAUGGCUCCGAAUUCAACAUGUCUACUGUGAUGCAAUGUGUUCAAGAAUUAAAAGCUUGGCAAGAAUCGCAACAGCAAAAAUUAUGUGAAAAACCGACUAUGGAUACUUUGACUAACGAAAUGGAAGAUGUGUUAAGGUCAUUUGAUGUUCCAGAAAAUUCCCAAGAAAAUCAUUAUGAUGAUAGAGUAUCUUCUUAUUCAGAAAUAGAUGAAGAACUAUUGAAAAAGUUUGGCUACCAAACAGAUGUAAUUUCAUCACAGGCUUCAAAUCCAAGAGAUGAUGUAGCAAUAUUAUCACCUAAUAAAAAUGUUGAUAAAGAAUGUAAUACCAAUAUUUCUGAAGAUAAACAAUUAGAAAAUGAAAUUGAAUGCAAAACUAUUAAACCUAAAAAACCAUAUUUAAAAAGAGGUACAGGUCUGGCUAGAUAUGGCUUAAAUAUAGAAGAAGUUAAAAAAAAAACUGGUAAAUUGAAAUUCAAAAGACCAAUUUUAUCAAUUCCAUCCAAAAUUAAAGUACCAAGAAAGUGUUUGAAUCAAGUCAAACCAUAUCCUAAAACAGAAUUUGGUACUAGGCCAACUGAAAGUUCACGUCUAGACUUAAAAAAAGUUGAAGUAGCCAAUUCUUGGAAUAGGUAUGAGCCCAAAGGUUUGGCAGAUGAUGGAGAAAAGAAUAAUAAUUCAGAACAAAGGGAAUUGCGUGCAUUUGAAAUAUUAGAAGAACGUGCAAACAAUUCUGAUUUAAAUGCAUCAUCACCUACCGUUUGUCAACUCUUAGAAAGAGGGCGAAGUUCGAAAAGUAAUAAAGAAGUACCGGCAUCACGACUAGUUCGUUCUUUAAAUUUUGAUCAAAUAAACUCAUCCACUCCUAGACAAAAUAUUGACGAUUCCGACGAUUCCUAUUCAGACUCAAGUCAGGAAUGUGAUCCAUUAGAUUUAACGGAAGAUGUGCGCAAGGAUACAAAUUUAAAUGGCAAUAAAAAAAAUAGUAAUAAAAAUGAAGUUAAUUCAGUUAUUUUAACAGAAAAUGAAAGUAAAUAUUUAGAAAACUAUUCUAAAACAUCAGGAAUCAUGAAACAAGUUGACUUUGAUCAAUCAUUUGAUACAGAAUUACUUAGUAAGAGACUUGAAGAGUUGGAAUCUGAGAUAGAAACAUUUCGGUCAGAAAAUACUAAAUUAAUGAAGUUGCAACGAGAAUUCGAGGUUGAAAGACAAAAAUUUUUUAAGAGUAAAGAAGAUUUUUUAAAGAAAUUAAAUGACGAAAAAAAAAAAGAGGAAGAAAUGCUGGCAGAAGAAAGAAAAAAAUUCAUGAGAGAAAAAGUUUUGUUUGAGAAAAAUGCUAGAGAAUUAAGAAACAAACCUAAUAGACAAGAGAGAGAAGAAAUUAAAAAAUUAAAAGAACAGUUAACCGAGUUAAAAGAUGAGUUUAAUAAAAAAGAAUCUCGAUGGGCAACUGGCCAGGCCCGACUCAGGACUCAGAUGAAAUUAUUGGAAAACAGUAAUACAGCUUUACGCAAUGAACUUGAAUUAUUGAGUAAAGCAUCAUUGAAUAAAAAAGUUACUUUCAAAACACCAUCUGAAAAAAAAGCUUUGAGGAACACCAAAAUAAUUCAUAAUGUCAAUAAAGAACUCAGUAAAUUGUCUCCCGAUGAUACAUCAUCAAUGAUUGAUCCAAAAACUAGAAACAUUCCUGCAUCUAUACUGAGGAAACCUGUAAUUACGACUACUGAUAAUGAAUCAUCUGAGGAAGAAUUGUCCUCAGAUGAAAAUCAGUUCUCUAAAAAUCUCUUGCAUGAUAGUGAUAAUGGAAAUGAUUUGAAUGAAUCUAACAGUACUCAACGCAGUAGUUGUGGUGUUGUCCGCGAGACUGUUUUAGAUGAUGGACGUAAAGAAAUUUUGUAUUCAAAUGGUAAUCUAAAAAAAAUUUCUUCUGACGGCAACAAUGUCAAAGUGAUUUAUUAUAAUGGUGAUGUGAAAGAAACAAAAGAUGAUUACGAACGGUAUUAUUUUGCUAAAAAUAAAACAUACCAUACAACAUACAAUUCUGGUCUAGAGAUAAUUGAAUUUCCUAAUGGGCAAACUGAAAAGCAUUACAAAGACGGAAAAGUAGAAAUUGAAUAUGUAGAUGGUAAAAAGCAUACAGUGUAUCCAGACCGUAAGGAGAUUUGGAAUUACUUGGAUGGUUCAGUUUUGACGGUAGAUCCAAAUGGACAUCGUGAAUUGGUGUUACUAAAUGGCCAACGAGAAAUACAUACCAGCGAAUUCAAAAAAAGAGUUUAUCUAGAUGGUACAACAAAAAUUGUUUAUCCAGAUGGGUCGCAUGAAACCAAAUAUCCUGACGGUAGAAUUAGAAAAAAAGACAAGGACGGUAAUUUGACGUUGGACACUAGUGUUCCAUCUUAAAACAUUUAAUGUAAAUUGUUGAUCAAUAAAUUAAAUUUCAAUGUUUUUUAUGUUGUAUAAUGAUA